UACCACUCUUCGCACACUUCACUUGUUGUUUGGAGACGAUUCUUCUCACAUCCAGACAUCUGUGAGAUAGACCAAAGGAGACCCGACCGCUGUAACUGACCAAGGCCAGAUCCAGCAGUCAUUGUCUGCGAUGCACUGACCGUUUCUACCGCAUGCGGACGGUUGCCUUGACCCGAUCUUAGCACCGCCAGCAACGCCAGCAACACUAGCAACGCCAGGAGCGCAUACACACACACUCUCUCUCUCUCUCUCCCUGCGCCCUCAACACCAACACCAACACCAACUUCAAAGCCACUUCCUGAGCCACACCAUCUACCUCCCAACACCCUCCCCCUCUCCCAACCAUGUCCUCUCUCUACGGCUCCACCAACGACCGGCUCGUUGCAGGCAGCGACGCACGAACAAAUGUCAUCUACGCAAUCGACCGUCUGAAAGAGAAAUUCCCCUCCCCUAUCCCAUCACAAGAACUCAUCGCCUACGUUCUCCCUCACCCUAAACGACACGACGAACAAGCCGUCAAACUAUUCAAAACCCUGCUUGGAGUCAACCCCAAAAUCUCAUUCGACCCCACCAGCGAAAGCUACCGUUUCAAACCCGAAUACGACAUCUCAUCAGCCGACGAAUUACUACGAUAUCUCCAAAACCAAGAUUCAUCCAAAGGGAUCCACGUGCGCGAUCUAAAGGAAGGAUGGCCAGAUGUACUCGAAGCGAUCAAUACGCUAGACAAAGAACACAAACUCUUGGUCACGCGAAACAAAAAAGACAGUCAGCCGCGAAUGGUCUGGGCUAAUGACCCAACGUUGUUUGUCCCGCUGGACCAGGAAUUCAAGGAAAUCUUUAAUCAAAUUCCACUGCCGAGUAUUGAAGACACGAUCACGGCGUUGACGAAGAUGAAUUACAAAACUACAGGUGCGCCGGCAAGCAAGGAGGUGGCUAAGGUGGAAAAGAAGAAGAAAAAAGUGCGUCGUGGAGUCAAGGUUACAAACGUCCACAUGCAAGGAUUGUUCCGGGAUUACUCGAAUCAGAGACCCCAGGGCACGAAAUGAAAGGGUUAUUUGGUGUUGAGGUGGGGGGAGGACAAUUAUCAUCCUCCCAUGGAAGCUUCACGAGACGGGACAAGGGACUCAUGCGGACUUGUCAAAUACGAGUCUUGGAAUGGGUUUCAAAUUAUUGCCACGACGGAAUCUGGUCCAUCUGAAGACAGCUCUUCUUAAAGGCGGGUGUCCGGGCAUAAUAUUCUUCAUGGCCUGUAUUUAUGACAUGACAAGUGUCUUGUACUACACAUGCAAAGGGGGAAACGGCACAUGAAAACGCAAGCAAUAGCAAAGCAUAAGCAUAAGCAUAAUGAUUUAUUGAUUUUCCAACAUAAAA